GCCCCGUCCCACCCUCACGCUACAACGCCGCAGCAUACUACCACCCCGACGCCGACCGACCGGGAAGCAUCAACUCAACGGGCGGCUACUUUAUUUAAGAAGACAUCCACGCCUUCGAAAAUGCCUUCUUCGGAAUCAACAACCUGGAAGCGACAGCCAUGGAUCCGCAGCAGCGAAAGCUCCUCGAAGUGACAUACGAAGCGCUUGAGAACGCUGGCGUACCACUGGAAACAGUCCGCGGGUCCAAUACCGGCGUCUAUGUGGGUAAUUUCACAAACGACUACCUGAACAUGCAGUACAAAGACCCGGAGUACGCCUCCCGAUAUACUGCCACAGGAACAGGCCUGGCUGUGCUAGCGAAUCGUAUUACACAUUGCUUUGAUCUGCGAGGCCCGUCGCAUGUUAUUGAUACGGCAUGUUCGUCGUUGUUGUACGCACUGCAUUCGGCUUGCUUGGCGCUCGAUGCUGGGGACUGUGAUGCGGCUGUGGUGGCGGCUGCGAAUCUGAUUCAAUCCCCGGGGCAGCAGAUGGUCGCUGUUAAGGCGGGGGUUUUGUCGCCGGAUGCGAUGUGUCAUACUUUUGAUGAGUCGGCGAAUGGGUAUGCAAGGGCCGAGGGGGUGUCGGCUGUUUAUUUGAAAAGGCUGGGCGAUGCCCUGAGGGAUGGGGAUCCUGUUCGUUCGGUCAUUAGGGGGACUGCUGUUAAUGGGAAUGGUCGGACACCGGGCAUUUCUCAGCCAAGUGUGGAAGGGCAAAGGGCCGUUAUUCGGGCGGCGUAUCGUCGGGCAGGUCUGGAUCCGGGAGAUACGGAUUAUGUCGAGGCGCAUGGAACUGGGACUAAAGUUGGUGACCCUACAGAAGUCGAGGCAAUAUCCGGUGGUUUUCAGCAUCGGACAGGACGACCGACGCUUGUUGGCGGAGUCAAGCCAAAUUUGGGUCACAGCGAGGGGGCGAGUGGUCUGUCGGAUGUAAUAAAAGUCAUCCUAGCGCUCGAGAAUAAGAUACUUCCUGCGACGGUUGGGGUGAAGGUAGUCAAUCCGAGGAUCAAAUGCAAAGAAUGGAACGUGGACAUUGUCACUGCAAAUCAAGCGUGGCAAGGAUCCCGGGCUCCGCGAGCGUCGAUCAAUUCGUUUGGUUUCGGGGGUUCAAACAGCCAUGCUAUUGUGGAAGCAUGGGAGGCAGACCUGCUGACCAACGGCUACGGGGAGUCGUCCAUAGAGGAAGAUUCAGGGAGGCUCUAUUUCUUGCCCCUUUCGGCUCGAUCUGAGACGUCCCUCCGACAAAUGGCUAGUGAUUUGGCUGAAUCCGUUUCCCACUCAGCUCAACCUAUUCCAAUCAAUGAUCUGUCAUACACGCUGAGCUGCCGUCGCUCCAAGAUGGCUACUCGUGGCUUUUUCAUCGAAUGUCAGGCGAGUCUGGACAAGGGACUCGAUAUGUCAAACCUGAAUGUGCAAAGUCUCGAUAAUGAAGAACCAUUUCCGUUGUGUUUUGUGUAUACCGGACAGGGUACACAGUGGGCUGGCAUGGCGAAGGAGCUUCUAAGUCUUAGCAGGGUGUUUAGAAAGGCCAUAAGUUAUCUUGACUCUUGCCUCCGUGCUCUUCAUCCGAACGAUGCCCCCGCCUGGACGCUUGAGGGUAUUCUGCGCGGUGACGAAAACCGCGAUAUCAGCGCCGCAGAGAUAUCACAACCACUGUGCACUGCGGUUCAGAUAGCGCUGACAGAUAUGCUCAAAGACUGGGGUGUUUUCCCGGAGACGGUGGUUGGCCACUCCUCUGGCGAGAUAGGAGCAGCGUACGCUACCGGGGCUAUCAAUGCGCGGCAAGCCAUCUUUGCGGCUUACUUUCGCGGAGCUGUUGUUGCUGAGGUCUCUGCUGAAGGUUCUAUGGUUGCCGUAGGUCUUGCACAAUAUCAGGCAAAGGCGAUUGUCGAGGAAUGUGGGUUUACAGAAUCUGUGAUCGUUGCAUGUGCGAAUUCGCCGGAGAGUACUACCGUUAGUGGUGAUGCAGACGCCAUCGAUUCUCUGCUCAAAGUUUUUCAAAAUAGAGGUAUCUGGGCACGGAAGUUGAUAACUGGAGGUAUAGCGUAUCAUUCGCACCAUAUGAAGGCUGUGGGGCCGAGAUAUGAGGCUUUACUCAAGCGCUAUUGGAAUUUGACUGAUGGCCAGGUCAGAGGUCAAGUCAACGGUCAAGUUAAUGGUCACAUCAAUGGAUAUCCUAACGGCUCUUCUGAUGGCCAUGUUAAUGACAAUGAUAGUGCAAGUGUCAACGGCUACGCUAAUGGUCAAGUUGAUGGUCAAAGCGAUACUCCCACGCCAUCAGUGACCAUGAUUUCAACUGCGACCGGUGGCCCGAUCAGUACAAGUGAAGUCGGGAUACCGAAAUACUGGCGCUCGAAUCUCGAAUCUCCAGUACAGUUUGACGCGGCCAUCAAAAUCAUCCUGGAGCAAGGGAGUUAUCAUCUGAUAGAACUCGGUCCGCACUCGGCCUUACAGCUACCCAUGAAGCAGACUUCAUCCGUCAUGAAACAGAGUCGCUAUACCUACAAUUCUGCUCUCAUACGCCACCAAGAUGCCCAGCUAACCACCCUUCAACUUGUCGGUUCCUUGUUCUUGCACGGACACGAUGAACUUCAGCACCACAAAUUGUUCGCAGAUAACCCCCAACCUCACGUCUUAGUCGACUUGCCACCUUAUCCCUGGGACUACAGUUCACCCACCCUAUGGACUGAGCCUCGCGCCAGUGUCGAGUUUCGUCACCGCAAAUAUCCAAGGCACGAGCUCCUCGGAUCACAAGUAUCAGGAGGGAACACCGCAGGUGUGACGUGGCGUAAUAUACUGGACCUCAAUGAGGCUGAAUGGCUGACUCACCAUUGUCUGGGAGCAUGGGUAUUAUUCCCUGCCGCGGCGUAUAUUGCAAUGACCGUCGAAGCAAUGUGCCAGGUUGCAGGGCUAGAGCUGGAAGACAGUCCUGGAGUGGAACUUCGCGAUCUCAACUUCGUCAAAGCACUCGAUAUGGACCUCAAGAAGAAGCCAUCGGUGGAGAUCUUUUCCGAGAUGCGCCCGAUGGCUGUUUCUAGUGUGACAAAUUCGGGCACUUGGUGGAAAUUCAGUGUCGUCUCGAUUGACGGCGAUUCCCGGGCAACUUUGCAUAUGAAUGCAGCUGUGCGGCUAGCAGAUUCCUCGCCAUGCAUAGAUCGGGAAAUCAGACUUGAUAGAUCAAAAAUGCAGAAAGAUGCAGUCCGCAUCUGGUACGACAGGUUCCUUCAAGUAGGGCUGAACUGGGGCCCUCGGUUCGCUGUUAUGGAGGAGAUUUUCCGGGAUCGCGCGCGGACGGCGCCCAUAGCAGCAUCCACUACAAAUCUUCAGCGCGGAGACCGGUUUUGUCGGUACAUUGCACAUCCGAUUUCUAUAGAUGCAAUGUUACAAACAUCAUUUAUCGUGACUACUGGUGGCUGGGUGAACAAACUCCGCGCUACGGUUCCUGUUGCACUGGACUCGGUAUACGUCGCGCCUCCGUCGGCCCUUGACAUGGAUACGAAUAAGCCAUGGUACGUUGACACCAAGUCAGAGGUCGUGGGUUUUGGAACGCAUAGAAUUGAUGCAGAGUUGUUCAAUUCGUCUGGAGAAGUGAUGAUCAGAAUGAGCCAAGGUCGCUGUAUUGCCUAUCAAGGGAACAGACAGGCGGAAAACACUGAACAGCGCAGUCCCCUGCUAAGAGCUGCGUGGAAGCCAGAUCUCACUGCAUUGACUGCUUGGGGUCAUGAUAACUAUCUGGAACAUUUCACUCGGGUUUACGGCUCUAAGAAAAUGACCAACGACGUGCUGUGUUUAGUCGGUGUCCUGGAUUUGGCCUGUCAUCAACAUUGUAAUAGCAACAUCCUCGAACUGGGGAGUCAAACGCAGAUUUCAGAGUCUGUUCGUGACGUUCUAGGUGUUGACUCCUCUUUCAGAAGGUACAAGUCCUAUCAUCGUGGGGUCCUAGUAAACGGCGAUCUAGUCGGUGUGGGGGUGUUCCCGGAGACAAGAGAUGAGCAAGAUUCAAAUCAAGUCCCACAAGACAAGAAGUUCGAUAUAGUUAUAGUCCCCUCGGUUGGCCUCUGGACGCCGGAUAUUGUCAGCAGACUCACGCCGGGGGCAACUGUCAUAACGAUAGGGGAUGUUCCCACCGACGGUGUAACUUGGACAAAGACCAUAAGUGGAAGUAAUUCUUUCCCUGUGACAGUUGGGACUAUAGACGGCCUCGUUAGCCCGAGAAAAGUCAUCAAAACCCCGACAGUCGUGGUGACCCGAGAUGAGAAAAUCACACCUCUAGACAUAAUGCUCCAAAAGAUCCUACAAGAAUAUCUGGGAUCUCUCAUCAGUAUUGUUAGCUUAUCCCAGGUCAGCCCCGCGACCGUUCCGGACCGUGCAUUCGUCGUAUCCACUUUAGAACAGCAGAAGCCGCUUCUAACCAAUAUCAACGAGUAUGAAAUGGCACUGCUGAAAAACAUCACCGAUCGUGUAGCAAAGAUUGUAUGGGUCGUCAAUGGCGGUUUUAUCGAUGGGAAAAGGCCCGACUUCGCGCCGGUUUUAGGGCUCUCCCGUACGCUGAUGCUCGAACAGCCUUCACUUCAGUUCGCGGUUUUAGAUGUGGACGAUGAUUCAGCCUCAUCUGAAGAAACCCUACGUAACAUCGUCAAAGUAUUGGAUCGAUUGAUCCAUAAAAAAGAGCCGGACUUCGAAUUCGCGCAACGAGAUGGCACCCUCCAUAUAUCGCGCUGGGAACCUGACGUGCGUCUGAAUGAAAACUUCCGCCUCAAGCAGAACAACAAAACCAUGGAUCUUUCCUUAGCAAUGGCCGGACGAUGCAAACUAGAUAUCAAGGACCCGGGGCACAUGGACACGAUCCAUUUUGUACAGGAAGACUAUUCCACCCCCUUGCAUCCGGAUUAUGUGGAGGUCAGCGUGAAGAGUGUGGGUAUAAACGCAAAGGAUCUGUAUGUCAUCAGCGCCAAGGUGGACACCAAGGAUGCAACAUGUUCGUGUGAAUGUGCCGGUGUCAUCACAGCAGUGGGCGACAAUGUGUCGGAGUUCAAGAUCGGUGAUCGUGUAGUUGCAAUGGCACCCAGUCAUUUUGCAACCGUCGAGCGCUUGCCAGAAUGGGCAGUGUUAGAAAUACGCGAUGAAGAGGACUUGACAACAGCCUCCACAAUUCCGCUUGUAUUCUCAACGGUCAUUUAUGCACUGCAUCAUCGGGCGAACUUGCAGCCAGGAGAGUCCGUUCUUAUUCAUUCCGCUGCUGGGGGUGUUGGAAUGGCAGCGAUCCAGUACGCGAAGCAUCUUGGAGCCAAGGUCUUUGCCACCGUCGGAAAUGAAUCUAAAAAGUCAUAUCUCGUGGAAAAGUAUGGUUUACAUCCAACCCAUAUCUUCAGCUCGCGAAAUUCAUCCUUCCUUCCCGCCAUCAUGGAAGCCACAUCUGGUCAAGGAGUUGACAUAGUAUUGAACUCCCUGACUGGCGACCUUCUGCGCAGCAGCUUUGAAGUAUGUGCCAACUUUGGCCGCUUCAUCAACAUUGGGAAACGUGACAUCCUUGAUCAUGGCCUCUUGGAUAUGUCCACGUUCACCCGCAAUGUCUCUUUCAUGGCCUUUGAUCUAUCCAACCUCUAUCUCUCGAAGAACCAUAGCCAUCACAGACUCUGGAAGGCCUUACUCACAGAAAGUCUUGAACUAGUGAGAGCCAAGAUCUGUGAGCCCUGUUUCCCGAUCAAGACAUUUGAAGCGUCAGAUAUCACCGAUGCGUUCAGGCACUUCUCCUUAGGCACACGGCUGGGCAAAGUAACUGUGUCAUUCCAAGAUCCGAACACCAAGAUCAGGGUCAUCCCGAAGAAGUAUGAAACAACUUUCAGUCCCCAGAAAUGCUAUCUCAUGGUCGGAGGCCUGGGCGGGCUAGGUCGCAGUAUAUCCAUGUGGAUGAUGUCUUGCGGUGCUCGACGGUUCAUAUUCCUCAGUCGUUCGGGUACUGACAAACCCGAGGCGAAGGACUUGGCUGAUGAUCUACAAGAGCAAGGGGCCCAUAUCAUAGUAAUCCGGGGAAAUGUUUGCCACUAUGAGGAUGUCGAACGGGUCGUAGAAGUAGCAGAUCGCCCUAUUGGAGGCGUGAUCCAGGCAUCCAUGGCACUCAACGAGGCUAUAUGGAGUGAUAUGCCAUAUAAUGCAUGGCACACGACUAUGGGUCCCAAGGUGCAGGGCACUUGGAAUCUUCACAAUGUGUUGAGGAAGUAUGGUCGAGACUCCCAGCUGGACUUUUUCGUCAUGACUUCAUCUAUCUCGGGGACCAUAGGCACCGCAACUGAAAGCAACUACUGCGCAGCCAACUCAUUUCUGGACGCCUUCGCCCGUUAUCGCAACCACCUGGGACUGCCGGCCAUUUCCAUCGGCUACGGAAUGAUUUCAGAAGUAGGAUACUUGCACGAGCACCCAGACAUCGAAGCGCUCAUGAAGCGUGGAGGCGUCCAUCCCAUCAACGAAGACGAACUAAUCCAAAUCAUGAAUAUUGCUCUCGUCAACCAACGACCAUGUACAUGGGACUCCCGAUACGAUCACCUGGCAGGAAGCCACAUUCUCACUGGUGUGGAAUUUACCAGUCUCCAGGAGCAGCGAGAACGAGGAUUCGAGGGUGACAACCAUGUCCUUGCUGAUCCUCGCGCGGCAUUGUUCACUGCGUCCUUUGCCCGCGGCGCCGCGGGCGAGGGCAAAAGCGAAACACAGAAUGCGGCGGCGCAUCUCCCUGGGGAUAUUGCACGGGCGCUGCGCGACAACCAAAGUGUGGAGUCUAGUCUUGAUGCACUUCGGGCUGUUGUGUCGAAGAAAAUAUCGAAUCUUAUUCUUCUGCCAGAGGCUGACCUUAAAGCGGAUCAGCCUCUGGGUGACUCUGUGUUGGAUUCUAUGCUGGCUGCUGAGUUUCGGACCUUUAUUUUCCGCAUGUUUGAGGUUGACGUUCCAUUCGUUGUACUUUUGAAGAGGAGUACUACGGUUAAUCAUCUGGUUGAUAUGAUUGCCCAGGGUCUGCGAGCGAGUGCUUAG